AUGUAUCAGCGUCUUGACUUUGCAGGCUUCAUCCUGGCUGACCGCGGGUACGAUGUGUGGGCCAUGAACACGAGAGAGAUUGCGUUCCGCUCUUACAGCAAAAACAUGAGCCAGAACCAUGACCAAUAUUGGCAGUGGAGUUUUGACGAGAUCGGUCGCUACGAUAUCGCCGCUGUCAUCGACCUUGUACUGAACGCAACGGGUUCCACAAGAGUGUCCUUGUUGGGUUACUCGCAGGGAGUAUUCUCAAGCUUAGUGCUCCUUUCCACAAGGCCAGAGUACAACGACAAGUUACUACUUGACCCAUUGGGCAACAGUGGAUACUUCCACCUGCCCCAAGUACUCCGGAAGGUGAUUCAGGCAGUCUGCAACAUCUUCAAGGGACAGCCGUGCUCUCUGUUCCUAACGCUCACAUUGAUAAGUAGUGCUGAGCAGUCGAACAAGAAGAAGCCCCCAGCUUAUCCCAUGGAGCGCAUCACUGUACCUGUGGCGCUCUUCUCGUCAGAGGGGGACACGCUCGGCAACCCAGAAGACGUUUCUUCCCUUGCUGAGAGUUUGGGUUCAGAGUUACUCUUCAGUAACGUCGUGCCACCGAAGUUCUUCCGCCAUAUGGACUUUGCGUUUGGUUAUAAAGCGACCGACUUCCUCCAUGGGCCAAUGAUCGACACACUGGACCGAAACGCCGGCACAAGUGUGUAA